AUGCGGCUACUGGAUGUAUGCACGCGUUGGCGCAACAUCAUCCUUUCGGUCCCCGACCUCUGGAACAUUCUGAACAUCUCCCCCGACUCUCAGCUAGAAGAGCUAGUGCACUUUCUUCCUUUGUGCGGUAGCUCGCCAUUGGACGUCCGCUUCUGGUACGAUCUUCGUCCACAGCUCAUCUCCGACGCCAUAGAUCUACUCCGCCCAAAGUUAGCCACGGUCAAACACCUCUCGCUACAGCAAUUCCAUCUCGAAUAUGAAAAUCGGCCCUUCGGCGAAAUUCUCUCGCUCGACAUGCCGAUGCUCCUGGAGCUUCGCAUCCUUCCGUUGACCACAAGGGCCUAUUACGACAUCGAUAUGCAUCGAUACCCUGUGCUUCAGCGCCUAGAAUUGACCGGAGCCAUUUGUCCCCUAGACAUCACCUCACUCCGGGUCCUUCACCUCCGACUUUGUUUUCUGCCACUCCCAUUCGACGGCUUUGCUCAAGCUCUGGAACACUGCGCGCAGCUUGAAGAGUUACAGAUCGACUCUUCGCUUCAUGCUGCAGACAUCGACUCAUCGCACGAGAUGCUGGUAUCCUCACUCCCCCCAGCUCAAUUCGAGUGUCUCCGCGUUCUCGUCAUCAACGAUCGCUCCGCCAGAGCCAUUUGCGCCGCUAUAGCCCAAAUCAACGCUCCCGCCCUCACUACACUCCGUAUCUGGUGUAAUGAUCGCCACCAGGCAGACGUUGAGGAUCUGCUGCGGACCAUUUUCCCCGUUAACGCGCCUUGCAUGUUUCCCAAGAUUUCCGCCAUUCCCGCUGAUGUUCACCUCUAUCUCGAUGGCCUUGCGGACGGAUGUAAUAUCGAAAUGGGCGACUGGUCGACUCGGGCUAUGGCCCCACUCUAUAUUGGCCUCGGCUUCUAUUUCGCACAGACAACCACGCCCCCCACGGCAUUCCGCGAGAUCUCUGACCUCCUCCGGGACAUCCCCAUCUCCGAGCUCCGGAUCGACGUGUGCGCGCCACUCAACAUCCCGUCUGCGGUUUGGGAGGAGCUGUUCUCCAAUAUGCCCCUUCUGGAGAGACUGGAACUAAAGGGCGACGGGUUCAGAGCCACAAUGUGCGAGGGCCUUCGGCGAGCCAGUCGCGAGCGACUGUGCUGCCCCCGGCUUGCGUCCAUUGCAGUCCGGGAUUUCGCGUCUGAUGACCCGAUACACCGCGACGGCACUUUGGACGACCCUGCCCUCUGGUUGAAUCUUUUGCGGGACACGCUGCGCGAGCGGGCAGAAGCGGGCGUUAAGCUCCAGGAGUUCGUGUUGAGGGAAUCCCGGUCAAGCCUUGAGAAGGACGAGUCUCACAUCGUGCGGUACGAAGCUUUACUCGUGCAGCUGCAACCGUUCGUGGGGAUGUGGUGGUACGAGGACCAUGUAUAUUGGGCCACGAGAUACCGCGAGGCGGUUUCCAGUGAACAUGAAGAAUAG